AUAAUAUAUUAUAAUAUAAUAUAAUAUUAUAUAUAAUGGUUUCCAGCAACAAAGUUGCUUUCCCUUGCCUUGUGCGUCUCUCCUCUCUCUCUCUCUAUAUAUAUAUAUGCGUCUGUAUGUAUAUGUAUAUGAAUCUGUAUGUGCUCCCACACACCACUCUGCACUGCUCUGUUCUCCCACUCCGUACCUCGCCUUCGUACUUUUCUCCCCUUUAUAACAACUCCUCCACUCCUCCUCCUUCCUUAUCUGCUUAUCUUCCUCUCCUUUCCUUUCAAUACAUCCAUUUUUCCAAUAAUUAUUUCUAUAUUUAUCGUCGAUCGAUUCUUCGUGGAAUGAGCGGAUCGGAUCUGUCAAAUUAAUUUUUUAUGAGCUCAAUUAAUGGAUUCUCCGCCGGAUAUGGCCGCCGGAUCUCGCCCCAUGCUUGGCUUCCACCUCGGAAUCGCUCUCCUCCUCGUCUCCAUCUUUACUCUCACCGGAAUAUUCUCCUGCUGCUACCACUGGGACAGGAUCCGCCGCUCCCUCUCCCAACGCGCCGCCGAGGACCACGCCAAACUUACGGAUCGGAAGGAGGAGACGCUGCCGGUAAUCAUGCCGGGGGAUGACGUACCGAAGUUCAUAGCGCUGACGUGUCCGCUGGAGCCGCCGCGGCCGCAGGGUGGUGUCGCCGGCGAAGUGCUCCGGCCGCCGCCCCGGCCGCGGCCGAAGCCGCUGCUCGCCGCCGUGCCGUUCUAUACUCUAGUCGGGCCGUACUAGCCGGCCGGCCUGCAGUUACGCAAAGUAAAUAUUUGUAAACAAUUUAUCAAAAUCGAGUACGUUCUAGAACAUACCCGUACGGAUACUAUAAUUUAAUUAUUUAUGUGUUUUUCUUUAGAUUUUUUUUAUUAUUAAAAAUUGAGUAUUGAAUGGAUGUUUUAAGUUAUUGUAUGUAAAUAUAUUGUGUGAAAAUGGAAUAGUAAAC